UGUAUUUUCUCUCUUAACACACACAGACUGAGUUGCUGUAGUGACUCUGAACACAUUAGCUCUCACCGCCAGCCAUGACAAUAACAUAUGGAGGGAAUUAUGUUUUAACUGUACUCUUAACACCUGUGAUGUCUUGCUAUAAUAAAUUAUUCAUAAAUGUUUGUCUGUAGGCUGGUUGGAGGAGGAGCUGAUACACUGCAGGUCUGAUCUGUGAACCAAGAAUAUGGAUGUGAGAGUACAGAUGUUUACUCUCUUUGUCACUGCUUCUGGACUGAAUUAACCUCUUAUCGUGCUGCUGCUUAUGACUCAGAUGAAUCACACUUCACAGACUUGCGGCUGCUUAUAUGUACAUGUGGAGGAAAUGAUGUUACCACCUUGCAAAGAUUUAUGCAGAAACGACGGAAUCAUAUGUGGCUGGCUGGUGGUGCUGCACGUCACAUUGAAAAAAUUGGUGUAAUUAACACCAUGUCCCCUUGAGGUCGCUCUCUUCCUCCUCCUCCUCUGGCUCCUGCAGCCUCCUGCUGUCCGUCUCCAUCUCCUUGAAAAGCUUAUCAGCUGAAGUCAUCAGGCGCUCCGGUUUGGCCAUUAUCUGAUGUUUAUAGAUGGGGUAUCGAUUGAAGUAAAAGCUGAAUUUACCUGUAUCAGCUUUUUUCAAAAUUAUUGUGAGGGCUGGCCACGUGUAAACAAUGGGAGUGACGUAAUGUGUUAUCUUUUAUAAGGCUAUUAAUUAAACAUUUAAGAUAUAGUAACCUAAAUAGGCUUAUGGAGGCUGUCACUUAAUGGUGUCAAUAGGGCACCCUUUCCUGAUAGUUCAAUAAAUAUACAAAAAAGCUAUUAAUUAUUGGCAGAUAUGUAUUAUUGUGUAACUCAUACACUUGGUUAAUAUUUCUCUACCAAAGUGCAACGUGGUUUGAUAAAUAAUCAAUCGUAUCGUGAACAUUUCUGCACCUUUUUUUCCGCUUUUGACAUGCAAAAUUUGGACUGCAGCAGCAACGCCUCACGACUUCUGUUUUUUUUUUAUUCCCCCACAAUGCUGUGCGGUAGAGGUAGUCUUGUGUGCUGCUGUCUGUGGUGCUGAAGCUGCGCGUGCCUCGGAGCUCGCUGCCAUAGAAAUCCUCCCGAGCAUCCGUCCGCGAGAGGACCAGCACGAGGAAAACAGACGGAUGGGGGAUACAGGAUGUCGCUGCCAGCUGCUCUAGCCUUAUUUAUCUCUUUGUAAUUGAUUAAAAAAAAGCGGUUAGAGUUAUUUUUACAUCUAUUCCUCAAGCACAAACACGAGCAGGAAACGCUUCUGAAGCCGUUAUCUUGGCUGUUUUUCUCCGGUGCCGCCGCCUGCCCAGCCGUCUUUGCCGCUCUAUCACGCAUCAUUUAUGCACAGCACGCUGCUCCGGUCCUCCCCAACAAAACACACAUUCGUGUCCGAGCACCAUGGCCCGCUCCAGCCGCUUUCACUAAGAGACAUGGAAGCCAAACAGCACUCGAUAAAGAGCCUGAAAAGCUACCCGGAGACCGGCGGCCGGAGCCUGGCAGCUGCCGCCGGAGGCGACGGAGGAGGCGGCGGCGGCGGUGGAGGGUACCGAGCCGGCUCGGCUGAAAUGGAGAUGGAGUCGAAGAUCCAGAAAGCCAUCGACUUCAAGGCGGAGGGUCACCGCUGCUACAAGGAGAAGAAAUUUCGGGAAGCGAUAGGCAAGUACCACCGGGCGCUGCUGCAGCUCAAAGGGGUUCAUGUGGUCGACGGGACGACGGGAUCCGAGGUCAACCUGCUGAACCAAGCCGCCGCCAAGCUGACCGAGGAGCAGCGGAGAGCCGUGGAGAGCACCGAGAUCGAGUGCUACGACAGCCUGACAGCAUGUCUGUUGCAGUCAGAGCUGGUAAACUACGAGAGAGUGAAGGAGUAUUGUCUGAAGGUGCUGAGCCACCAGAGAGACCACUUCAAGGCCAUGUACCGCGCCGGCAUCGCCUUCUAUCACCUGGGCGACUACGAAUGUGCCCUACGUUACCUGCGUGACGCCAAGAACCGUGAACCCACAGACACCAAUGUGCUGCGGUACAUCCAGCUGACAGAGAUGAAGAUGAGCAAGAGCGGACAGCGGGAACGAGAGAGCGGCAAAGAGACCCAGGGCUAACCCUCGACCUUUUCACCCUCCUGACCCUUCGACCUUUGACCCUACAUCGACCCGGCCUCUCUCCACCUCUGUUAACCCUCGACAGCACAGCCCACGGACAGAAGAGACAGACCCAAUCACCUGCUAGAGCGAUUGGCGGGAGACAUAUCAAGCGCUGUCUGCAAACCACCCUAAUUUUCCAUCUUCUUAUCCCUCUCUCCCCUCCUCUUCCUCCCUCAGGUGCUGUGGUUCCUCUCCCUUAGACGCAGACAGUCAAGCAAACGUAAAAAAACAGAAAAACAACAAAAAAACAAGGAAACAGCUGUAUUAUACUCAUAUGAAUCAGUCCUUGUGGUGGAAUGAAAAAGGAGCUUCAAAACAUACUUAUGAAUAACAGACAUUUGCGUAAUUUAGUAAAUGUUUAAAAAAAAAAAUUUUUGUUUCUGCUCUCUCUCUCUCUUUUUCUCUCUUUCACUCUGCCUUCUCUCUCUCUCUCCGUCUAUCUCGGACUCUGAGGAGAAUAUCGGGGGUUGGGAAGCUCAACCAUGAGGGCAGGGGUGUGUGUGGAGGCAGUUUGUAAUAGCGAGGGGUGUGUGUGUGUGUGUGUGUGUGUGACACAUAUCAAGACCAUAUAGCCCAAUUUGAUUGUACAUCCAACCCAACAGGGCUCACUCAGGCCCCUUAAUCAGACUAUGAUGGGACAGAUGUGCACGAGAAAUCUUUCAUCUUGUAGAGAAAAAAAAAAAACCUGCCUCUAUGCUUAAUCUGUCGCUCUGCUGUCUCACUUUUCUUUCCUGGAUGCCAUGUAUCUCCAUUUCUGGACUGUUUUUUCUUUGUUAUUGUUUUCAAUUCAAGGGCUAAUUCAAGUGUUUGUAAUUCGUUCCUGAGGUUUUUCAUUUGCUUUCGCUGUUCAUCAUACUCAGCUGUUAAUAGCAUCUGCGGCAAAACGGACAAACUUCUGCAGCGGUUCUGCUGUUGUGGAAACUGGUGUGUCUUGAAUCUGUUGUCCGAAGCCCCUCCUGGGUCGUGUGUCAUUGUUGUUGUUGUUUGUUGUCGUUGAGACUGUCCAAGCCCCUCCCUCUCCUCUCCUCCUAAUCACCUCUCUCUGUUCUCCCGUUAAUGAUGUCACAACGGAAAAUAGCCAAUGGAAUCGGAGUUCCAUCAAACGCCCGUUGGCUAGAUGGAGAUCCGCUCUAACGUUUCACAACGAGCUGGAAAAAAAAAAAACUCCACAGCCAGAAACACAUUUCUACGAGGAGGUCCAACCUUUUAUCGCUAAUGUUGACGCUUCCCAGACAUCGAUAACAAACCAAGUAGACUCUGGGCAGCGUUAGUGCAGGGAAAACAAUCACAUCUGUCCUGACAUCUCAGACCACUCAGCUUUAGUGCAAUUCAACAAGAGUGUGCUGUUUGAGAUUUCUUCCGCUGUCACUUUAUAGUAUCUUGAUCGAUACAGUAUCUGUGUUUGUAAGUACAGAUAACACACAACAUUAGCAUUAGACAUCACUAUCGAUGAUAUCCAUGGCUAGCUGUCAAAAGAUACAUAAGAUAUGUGCUUCUCUUGUGACUUGUGAAGCCUAAUCAUUGAUAAUAUCGCUUUUAUUGAUAGCUUUACCACAGGCUCAAAUCUGCCUGCCCUGUUCUACGGAAGGUUGGAUUGAUCAUAUGUGAGAGCAUGACCUGAAUUUCCCUGAAACCCAGUUUCCUCUUUCCUGUGUGCAAGCCCACCUCCUGCAUGUAAUGUGCGGCUCCAGAGAGUUAUUUCAGACGUAUGGGAUAGGGAUUAUAUCUGCUCUAUUGCUCUCUCUCUUUCUCUCAUGGCAUGCUGCCACUCAACUGUUGGCUCAUACCUCUAUUUUAUCCAUUCUGCCCUUUAUAAACACAAAAAGAAGGUGACAGCUUGUGAUCACAGCAGUAGAAUAGGUAUCAAGUAGGAAGCAUAUCUGGAAAAAAAAAGGCAUCUGCUUCAGUCGAGGUGAGAGAUAAGCGGUAAAACCCAAUUUCAAGAGGGAAGUGGGAAUCAAAGAUUUCCCUUCUACAUUUUCCAGUGACCUGCUAGGAGGUAAAUAGGGACUUAAUUGUGUCAAUGGGACUCUAGAGAGAUGGCACCAUGCGUUGAAGAGACUGGCAUUAUACAGAGAGGCUCCGGUGGAGGGAGAAAUAGGCCAUCAUCAGCCCCAACAAAGCAGCUGCAGCUCCAAGUCACUCUGGCAAAUAGAAAAGUUUAGAGCCAGGAGAUUUAUCACCUAGCUGGCUGAAAGUAUGUGGACACCUGCAUGUUACACACCCAUAUAUGACUGCUGAAAACAAUACGUUGCUGUGACAGCCUCACUCCACCUGGCUGCAGAGAUUUGCUCCCAUUCAGCCACAAGAGCAUCAGAGAGGUCGAGCACUUCCUCCCAUAGGUGUUUGUUGGGGUUGAGGUCCGGGCUCUAUGAGGGCCAGUCAAGCUCUUCCACAUCAAACUGGGAAAACCAUUUCUUUAUAGAUCCGCCUUGUGCACGGCUGCAUUAUCAUAUUGAAACAGGAAAGGGUUUUCACCAAAUUGUUGCCACAAACUUGAAAGCACAACCUAGGAGUCAGGACCCACCAAAGGAGUCACAAGAUAAACCUAAAAAGGCCUUGAGAUUAGAGCUGCAACAGAAAAUUAAUUGGCAACUCUUUUGAUAACUGAUUAAUCAUUUUAAGUCAUUUUUUAAGAAAAAAAAUUCUGUACUUUCAGCGUCUUAAAUGUGUCCUUUCUUAUAGUAAACUGUAUAUUUUUGGGUUGUGAACUGUUUUUAUUUUAGGUUGCAUCUUGGGGAAUGGGGAUCAAUUUUCUGAAAUUUCAUUUUUACUGGUUAGUCAUAUCUCUGAAAAUGAUUCAAAGUGAAGACUCUGAGAAAAGAAAAUCACUCUUUGGUAACAAAACAUCACAACAGAGACACAUGCAAACCUGUUAAGAGAGUUUGUAAGUAAGUUGACAGAAUUUCAAAAUCCCCCCAAAAAUGACCAAAAAGUCUAAAAUAUGAUUGUAUACAGCAGUUUUAAGAUUAUCCUUGAUUGGAACGAAUAGCCCAAAAAAACUGGAGUUAUCCACAUUACUACGACAGGAUUGUCCACAUACUUUUUGCCACAUCUUCUGUCAUAAUCUGAGAUAUUUUCUGGGAUAUCAGUUAUAUCAAUAUGACAAUAGUUCAUAUUUAAUUACAUGACUCUAUUACAGCAACAUGAUCAAAUUUUCUGAACUUGUCUUAUAACUUAAUUUCUCAGAGACCAAAUUAACCCUUAGAUUACAUCAUAUCUGGUAGGGCUGGGCAAUAUGGACAAAAUCAAAUAUGAUAUUUUUGACCAAAUACCUCGAUAUCGAUAUUGUGACAAUA